GGAGAGUGUCGCACUCUUCACUUGGAGACCACCCCCUACAAUGGAGCUUGCGCUUUUUUCCGUCUCUGCAGCCGUUCUGUUUUUCGCUUCACAUACCAGCUUCUCCGCCUUGGAAGUGGGGUCCUUCUUCCUUGUCUCAACUCCCCAGAUCUUGCCAUAGCAAGGGUUGAACGGCGAGAACCGGAAGUGUGCGCAGCAGCGGCUGGUCCCCAGGCAUCGACACCGGAAGUAGCAAUUGCUGCUGGAUUGCGCGCGCUGCGCUAUGGCGGCGAUCCCCCCAGACUCCUGGCAGCCGCCCAAUGUGUACUUGGAGACCAGCAUGGGAAUCAUUGUGCUGGAGUUGUACUGGAAGCAUGCUCCAAAGACCUGUAAGAAUUUUGCAGAGUUGGCACGUCGAGGUUACUACAAUGGCACCAAAUUCCACAGAAUCAUCAAAGACUUCAUGAUCCAGGGAGGUGACCCAACGGGGACAGGUCGAGGUGGUGCAUCUAUCUAUGGCAAGCAGUUUGAAGAUGAACUUCAUCCAGACUUGAAAUUCACGGGGGCCGGAAUUCUCGCAAUGGCCAAUGCAGGGCCAGACACCAACGGCAGCCAAUUUUUUGUGACCCUAGCCCCUACCCAGUGGCUUGAUGGCAAACACACCAUUUUCGGCCGUGUGUGCCAGGGUAUAGGAAUGGUGAAUCGAGUAGGAAUGGUGGAAACGAACUCCCAGGACCGCCCUGUGGAUGAUGUGAAGAUCAUUAAGGCAUACCCUUCUGGGUAGGCUUGCUGCUUUCUUGGGCACACUCAGGUCCUCUGAGAUGGCCUCGGUGAACCAGCUUCCAGAUGACCUAGAAUGACACAUACUUAAACUUCAUUUUGGCCUUGCAAAUCACAGAGCUAAGGAGACCUAGGGUCUCGGGUGAGUUAGGGAUGGAAGUAUAUUUUUAUUUUCUUUUAUUUAAAUAAUUUUUCUAAAUUUUAUUU